GAGCCUGGGAGGACGAGGAGCGACGCCAGGCUACCCGCCUCGUCACAACUUGCCCAGACAAGACACACUUUAUCUUGCACCCUGGAAGAAGGAGCCGGCCUGCCUCUCCCUGCUCGGUUGCUCAGAGAGCCCCGCCUCUGCGCCAGAAGCAAUCCCGGGAUCUGGGUCCCCGGCGACGCCUCGUGGCUAGCAGCGCCCGGCUUUCGCCCAGGAGCGCGCAGCUGCGGUGCUGGAAACAGCGGGGAGCAACACACCUCUCUUAUUCCUGCUGAUCCCGCCAGCCCAGUGGAUGGAGCCCAGAAUCCACAAACCUGCCAGGAAAGAAAAAAAAAUUCCUGAUGGUUGGUCCAAGCAGGGCCUCCCUGGUGGAUUGAGGAGGGAUGCCUGGCUUUUCCUCAGCGCCUUGAUCUCCGCGGUAACCACUGGCAGCCAGAAGACCCCCACCAUGAGAGGCCUGGGGUCUGCAGGUCACUGCUAGAACUGUUCAAAGAAAUGCAGCACCGGCACAAGUUUGUAAGGUCCCUGAGCGCAUGCUGAUCGCGCGUGGGCGGAUACGCCCAGUGCUCCAGGUCGGGGCUGGGCGCUGCCAUAGCAACGUCCUGGACGCCCAGAUCUUAGGCUGCCGCCGCCGCCGCAGCGGGGGUCUGGGCCUUCAGCGGGCUCACGAGGGGAGUGGCGGCGGCGGCCCCUAGGCGGCCCGGGCCCGGUAGAGUACACUACCCGGUCCCUGCAGCGCAAGCUUAGGCGGCGGACCGGCUUGCAAGCAUGCCCUUCCAGAAGCACGUCUAUUACCCUCUGGCCAACAGCCCCGAGGGGCCCGACGCCUCUGCUGCAGGCGCGGCCCCCAUGGCCUUUGUCCCCCCCAGAGCGGCCUCGGGCCCCCUGCCCUUCUUCCAGUUUCGGCCGCGACUGGAGAGCGUGGACUGGAGGCGGCUGAGCGCCAUCGACGUGGACAAGGUGGCCGGCGCUGUGGACGUCCUGACGCUGCAGGAGAACAUCAUGAAUAUCACCUUCUGCAAGCUGGAGGACGAGAAGUGCCCACACUGCCAGUCAGGGGUAGACCCAGUGCUGCUGAAGCUGAUCCGCCUGGCGCAGCUCACCAUUGAAUACCUAAUGCAUUCGCAGGAGUUCCUCACCUCGCAGCUAAACCUGGUGGAGGAGAGGCUGCGCCUGAGCCUGAUCGACUAUGAGCAGAGUAAGCAGCUGCUCACCAAGCAGGCUGGCGAGAUCAAACUACUUAAGGACGAGUGUAAACGGAGGAAGAAGAUGUUGUCCACACAGCAGCUCAUGAUAGAGGCCAAAGCCAGCUAUUACCAGUGCCACUUCUGUGACAAGGCCUUCAUGAACCAAGCUUUCCUGCAAAGCCACAUUCAGCGCCGCCACACCGCAGAGUCUCACCUUGAGUAUGACACGAAGGCCCAGACCGACAGGCUCCAGAAGGAGGUCGACAUGCUGAAGGAACAGCUGCAGCUCACCAGGUCUCAGCUGGAGUCUUCCCAGCACGCCCAUGCAGUCCGGUUCUCUAAGGAAUAUGAAAUGCAGAAGACGAAAGAAGAUGACUUCCUGAAGUUAUUUGAGAGAUGGAAAGAGGAGGAGAAGGAGAAGUUGCUCGACGAAAUGGAAAAGGUCAAGGAGAUGUUCAUGAAGGAAUUUAAAGAACUAACUUCUAAGAAUUCGGCAUUAGAAUACCAAUUGUUAGAAAUACAGAAGUCCAAUAUGAAGUUCAAGUCCAACAUCGGCUCCUUAAGAGACGCUCAUGAGUGUAAAGAAGAUCACCUCCCGAGUCCCCAGGAUCUCCAGAACAUGCUUCAGCUCCUGGACAGCCAGGCAAGCAAGUGGACAGAUCGAUUUCAAGUUCUCAGUGAGGAUCACAGCAAGGAGAAGGGACAGCUCCUUUCACACAUAGAGAAGCUCCGAAGCUCCAUGAUGGAGGAUCUCAGUGCAGAUAAUGUGUUCUACAAGAAGCGGGUAGAAGAGUUGGGUCAGAAGCUCAAGGAGCAGAAUGAGCUGAUCCUCAGUCAGAAGCAGCAGAUUAGAGAAUUUGCCAGUAAACCGUACAGCAGUGUUGGUGAGCUGAAAGGGAAUCCUCCUCUAACCCGGCAAGCCCUGGACUCUAAGCCAGCUGGCCCUGCUGCAGCCAGGAAUGCCUCCACCACACAGACUCUGGAUGGUGCACCCAGCCUGACCAUGGUACAUGAGCAGGCAUUUCCGUCGCAUGUACUGGAACCGAUAGAAGAGCUUUCUUCAGAGGAGGAAAAAGGACGAGAAAAUGACCAGAAAUCAAGUAAGAAGACACAUCUAAGGAAAACUUGGAAGGGCAACCUCUCCUCAAAGGGGCUGAGGACAAACUUGGAGAAGGAGCUGGGGAAGAAGCUGAGGAACCUUGGGAUUAACGCAGAGAUACACGGCAUUUCCUGCGAGAUCUUGACCAAAUCACUGAAAGCCAUGCAGGUAGCUAGACAUGAUCUAGCAAAACAAAUGCCCGACAUUCAGCAAAUUCGAGAAUCCCUCGAGCAUCAGCUGACCUGCAAAAUCGAGGAGAAAGUGUCACUAUCUUCAGAUAGAUACAAUGUCCCUCCCAUGACCACUUUGCCAGCUGAAGAAGGCCCCAAAGCCUCCCAGCUUCCCCCGCAAGGCAGACCAUUGAUCAGACAGAGGACCGUGUUUACCGAUAAGGUGGCUGUCCCAAAAUUUAAGAAAAGUACCAAAGAAAAUCAUUUCCUCAGAAAGUUUUCAUCUACCAAGACGCCGCCCUUCAGCUCGGAGGAGGAGCUGGAUGAAGAGGACUUCAUCCCGGCAUACAUAUCCCCAGACUUAUUUACCCUCCAGCCGUCUAAAAGUAAUCUGAGCAACUUUGGGAAGAGCUCUGUCAAAAGUGACACCGACUGGACGGAGGGAAGCGAGGUGGAGGACUCAGAUGUUUCCCCGAAGCCCACAGGAACCUCUGUCGAGAUACAAACUGAAAAUGUUGAGAGCAUGAUUUUACACCAAGGAAACGGGGAUAAACCAGUUACUGGAAUGAAUAUUGUUGAGACACUCAUCACAAAGGAAGAAUUGCAAGAAUUAAAGUGCACAGAUGGAGAUGAUGAUGGCUGGGACAUAUCAUCCUUAGAGGAAGAGAAAUCUUUGGAGAAAAAGCUAGAACAGAGGGAACCCCCACCUGUGAAAAGAGAUCUAAAUUCCGGUCAAGUGCCAAGGGCCUGGGGCCCAGUGAACCCUCGGGAAUUCAAGGAAGAAGGACUUCAAGACAACGAGCCGAGCACCCUGAAGAGCAGCCUAGUGACUGUGACUGACUGGAGUGAUAUCCUGGAUGUGUAGCCACAGCGCCACGUCAGAGAGCCGCUCCACAGCCAGCAGCACAUGGGCCAACAGUCUGUAGGAUUCCAGCACUCCUUAGCAUUCCCACCGUACAAGGAAGCUCAUUCAGAGCAAGGGCGUCUUUGACAACACACGACUGUCGGCUGUGUAGAAGCAAGACGUCCUUUAAGUCAUAAAAUGUGUUUUCCAGUACGGUACUCUAGUGUUAAAUGUAUUCUUUUUUCAAUUAACUUUUAAGUCUUUUUUUUUUUGACUGAUAGUAGGCUUUAGUUUGAAUUAUUGUAGCUUUUUAAAAUAUGUCUGUACUGUCACGUCAGUAGCUUUUAUGUUACAAAAUUCUGUUAAGUCUCUUCAAAAUUGAAUUAGAUGCCAGUGACGCCCUCCUCGUUAAACUGGUUGUUUUCCGUAUACAGUAUGUCUAGAAUGGUAACAAUUAGCUAGGCCCAUGCUAAAUACAUUUCCCCGAAGUACCUUUGAUCCCACGGAGCUCUGAGGCCCUGUUAGCAUGUUGUUACUGACCAGUUAUUUUCUGCAGUGUAAUCUUUAUCUCGGAUAUUUUAUGAAUAGCGUGCAACUGUUCUAAAUGCCAAUUGAUUUUUAUGAGAUGAUCAUUAGAAAGAGAUGAGCCAUUCCCGAGUCAUACAUGUGUGUAUUUUCUGUGUUCUUCAGUACCCAGCCCAUUAUAAAAUACCUCAGAACUAAUUUAUAUUCUUGAACAAUGGUCUCGGCAAUGAUCAGAAAAUUUAUA